AUGCAGACGGGAUCGAAGGUAGUACCGACUACAUUCAAGCGUCCAUCAAGGCCCGUCCUCAUAGAGUCCAAUACUGAAGACACAACUGACAAAGCUAUUUACAAGGUGACGAGACCAAUGCCGGCGGUGGUGCCCAACAGGCGCUGGCCACCGCCAAGGCCUGAACCGGAACCGGAGGAGCAGCAAUACAGGCCGCCUCCAACGCCGGCGCGCACACCUGCACCGGUUGUUGCAGGCGAUUCCCAAUUCUCGUCAAAUGAGGGAUGCGGCAAAGCCAGGAAGGAAGUAGCCCUCAUCUGGCACGGCCACAGCUACUCGCCCGGCGAGUGGCCCUGGCUGGUGGCGAUUUACCAGACUGGAGCGCGCCAGCUCAAUUUCGUAUGCUCAGGCACCCUCGUCUCGGACCGACACGUAAUAACAGCCGCCCAUUGCAUGCAAAAUAAGGAAGCCUCCGACAUUGUUGUGAAACUAGGAGUUUUUAACCUGGAGGAAUGGGGUGGCGAUGUAGUGGUGAAGAAACUGCAGUCGGCGGUGGUGCAUGAGCAAUUCAACAAAACGAAUUUAGCAAAUGACAUUUCUCUAUUCACACUGGAGCAAUCAGUGCAGUUCAAUACCAACAUAAAGCCGAUAUGCCUCUGGGGGACAAACACCGAUUUAAAUAGAAUCGUUGGUCACACUGGAGUGGUUACUGGUUGGGGUGAUAACGAGUUCGGGAGAGGGGGGCACGGUGAUCCGCGUAUGAUCCGAAUGCCAAUAGUCAGCACCGACGACUGCCGGGCUAGCACACCGGACCUCUACAAACUCACAUCAGACAGAACGCUGUGCGCAGGUAAUCGCGAUGGCACGGGGCCUUGCUCUGGGGAUUCAGGUGGUGGUCUAUACGUCAUAGACGACGGCCGUUGGAAGCUCAGGGGUAUAGUCUCCCUCGCGUUGUCAUCGAAAUCGGCCGAAAAGAGGUGCAAUCUCGACGAGUAUGUCGUGUUCACGGAUGCCGCCAAAUACACGCGAAAUGAGCUCCAGUUGCUCGGCACUCUAAAUGGUGGACAAAGUUUUAGAUGGACGUACGAUAAGGAAAGUGAUGUUUGGACUGGCAUAUUUAAUAAAACCGUAUGGAAGUUAAGACAGACUGAAGAUAUCUUACAUUAUCAAGUUCUUGGCACUUUGGAAAGUAAUCAAAACAAUCAUAUUUCAAGGAUAUCUAGUAUGGUUGAGAAGUUGUGCACAUUCUAUGGAGAGAAGAUUUGUGAACAUGAUGGUGUUAAAUACUAUUCAUUUCCAGAAGUAGAGAUGUUGGCAAUACCACAGGUGGAAUCAAAACUUCGGGAUCUUGGUUUUGGAUACAGAGCAAAAUUUAUACAAAAGUCAGCUGCUCAAAUUGUUGAAUGGGGUGGAAUAACAUGGUUUGAUAGCUUGCAGGAAAUGAAAUAUAAAGAUGCCAGGCAAGAACUUAUGAAACUUUGUGGAAUAGGCCCUAAGGUUGCUGAUUGCAUAUGUUUAAUGUCGCUGAAUCAUCUAGAAGCACUGCCUGUAGACACUCAUGUCUAUCAAAUUGCAGCACAAAAUUACUUACCACAUCUUAAAGGCAAAAAGAAUGUCACAGACAAAAUCUAUGCGGAGAUUGGAGACCAUUUUAGAAAUCUGUAUGGGGAACUGGCUGGUUGGGCACAUACGGUAUUAUUCUGUGCAGACUUAAAAAAGUUUCAGAAUACAGAAAACUCUGAUGGAGUUCAAAAUGAUAAACCAAGGAAAAAAAGAAGACACAAA